CAGAGGUUAUCGGUGGAGACGGGCGGUAUUUCAGGGAGGAGCGAGUCAGCAAGAGAUGGCUACUCGAGAGAUGGUUACUCAAUCCAUCCUCACAGUCGUGUACGAAGAGAAAUGGCAUGCGACACUAAAGCUUGCUAGGGAGUAUCAGCACAGGAGGAUAGCCUUGUGUUUAAAAUGGAAGUUGACAUAAAUGGAGAGUCCAGAACUGCCCUGUCCACUCUCCCUGUGCCUCUUGCAGAGGUGGGCUCUGCAGGCAGGACGGAAGCUGAAAAGCCCCGCUGUUCCAGUACCCCCUGCUCGCCCAUGCGGCGGACAGUUGCAGGAUACCAGAUUCUCCACAUGAAUUCUAACUACCUGGUGGGCUUCACAACUGGAGAGGAGCUGCUGAAAUUAGCCCAGAAAUGUACAGGAGCUGAAGAGAACAAAGGAGAAUCUGGGCCAAACUUGCACUCCAAGCAGCUGGAUCCAGGACUUGCACGCUCCUCCCGUUUGUACAAAACGAGAAGUAGGUACUACCAGCCAUAUGAGAUCCCAGCAGUAAAUGGGAGGAGGAGGAGGCGGAUGCCCAGCUCAGGGGAUAAAUGCAAUAAAGCUUUACCAUAUGAACCUUACAAGGCACUUCAUGGUCCCCUGCCUCUCUGCCUUUUGAAAGGUAAAAGGGUUCAUUCAAAAUCCCUGGACUACCUCAAUUUAGACAAAAUGAGCACUAAGGAACCUGCUGACACAGAAGUGCUACAGUACCAGCUCCAACACCUCACCCUUAGAGGGGACCGUAUGUUUGCAAGGAAUAGCACAUGAGCUGUCAUCUUGAACUUAGAAAUGAUUUCUCAUCCUUUCUCUGUUGCUGCAAAAGUCCACUGUUGUACUGUGUACAUGACUGUCCACAUUGUAGGUGGUUGUAUCAGCUAAAUAUUACCAGAAAGUAAUUUAUUUGAAUAGAGUCUUGGCAAUGCAAUGUGUUACAAAUACUUGGAGGGAGAAAUCUUUCCUGAGCAAGAAGCUUCUGAUGCAAAUUUGACUGCAAUCAGUGGAUAUUUCUUUGGACACGUUU